GGAAUAAUUUAUAAAAAUACGAAAACCGAAAAGAAAUAAUAAUUUAAAUGUUAAACUUACGUGAUAAUGAUAAAUAUAGAUUAUAGUAGGAUGGUUCAAGAUCCUUUCAUUCUUAAUUAAAGAUUUUGUAUUUGAGUUCGUGAUAUAAUAAAAAAAAUCUUAUUGAAAGCAAUAUAUUGAGAAAUGAGUGCCAACAAUAAAUAAGUUCGAAUUUAAUCAGAGAUUUCGAGUUUGCUUCCCUAUUAUUACACGAUAUGAUUUUUCAAUAAAGGUGAGAUUUUGAAUCCUCUUAAUUCCUUGAUUAUGGCUUCACCACUAGGCACUAAUUAAUAUAUAUUUAUUAAUUCAUUACAAAAAAAAAAAAGUCAAAUGUCUUAGUAAAACCCUAGUUAAUAACUCUUUUCAACUCUAUAUAAAGCUUCCCCUUGGAAUAGGAUCUUGCACACACUCCCACUUGAGAAAGUUCAUUUCAAAAUUUCCAAAAUAGGAUAUAUGGCCAAUCUUACUCUUCACUUCUUACUAAUUUUCUUGUCCUUCCAUUGUAUUUUCGCAAUCAUUACUGAGUCUGUUACGUCCCAAACUCAAAAUGCUACAAAUUUCAUCGUAACAUCAUGCAAAACAACGUUAUACCCUACCAUAUGUGUUCAAUCUCUCUCUACCUAUGCAAACACCAUUCAACUAAACGAGCAAGAACUAGCUCAUGCAGCAUUGACAGUGAGUUUGUCAAAGGCCAAAAUUGCUUCAACAUUCAUUUCAAAGAUCACAAGAAUGAAGGGCUUAAAGCCAAGAGAAUUACAAGCUUCUAAAGAUUGUUCAUUCAACAUGAAUGAUUGUGUUUAUCAACUAACUCGAUCGAUCCCCGAGCUAGGGCAAAGUGGUAAAUUAGCAUCAAGAAGAGAUGAAUUUACUUGGCAUGUUAGUAAUGUUCAAACUUGGAUUAGUGCUGCACUUACUGAUCAAAAUACUUGUCUUGAUAUGAUUAACAAUCCUUCUAUGGAUGGAAAAAUUAAGGAUUCUAUUAGGGUUAGGGUUUUUAUUGCUUCACAAGUGACUAGUAAUGCACUUGCUUUGGUUUAUAAAUUUGCAGAAAAACACUCAUAAACUACGUUGUUCAGACUUUCAAAAAAUAUUAUCGCACUCGUGUAGGAUCUUUCAAAAAUACACUAUUUUUAAAGGAUCCAACAACACCAGUCGACAUUUUUGAAGAGUUUGAGCAACAUAACUUUUAAAUUAGUGUUAUCUUACUAGGUAGUUUUUGGUAUGUACUUUUAGGUGUUAAAAUUAAUUUUAUAGAUAAACAGUUAUGUGUACGUACGAAUGAAUGUAUUGAAAUGAUAAUAAGUAC